AUGUACGAAUUCACAGAAUGCGAACAAUCAUCUUGCUGUGCCUUGUGCCCUCGUGCCACUGCCUUCUCGGAAUUUUCGGCACCUUGCUACAAGAAGAUCAGCAUACAGAUUCCAUCAGAAUACAUUGCGAGCGGCAAGGUUGUGAACAAAUAUUUCGACAUGGGCAGCUUAGAACUUGCGAUGAAGCUGAAGGGACAAACAACUGAUUGCAUAAACUGA